AUGAGUAAUGUUACUGAUUCGUCUUCGAUGAUGAACGAAACGUUACUGACAAGUACAAUGAAAUCCAAUGAUGGUCAGGAUAAAAUUUUGAUCAUCGUGUUGUCUGUUGUUUUACCGACAGUGUUGUCACUUGGUUUAUUGAGUUUAUUUCUCGUUUGUUAUCGACGACGAUUAGCAAAAUUGUGGUUAAAAAGGCAUGACAAUUCAAGUCGGUUGGAAUCAUUUGAUUCGAGUGUUACGUCGAAUUAUGAUCGGUCAUCAAAACAACGCAUCUCUCAUCGACAAUUUCUUCAUCCACGUACGGAAACGAUCGUUUACAACCAAAUUAAUUCUCCAUCGAUUCCAACUAAGAAAAGUCCACCAGAAUGGUUACCAAAAGGUCAAACAAAUGCUGCAUUCGAUGAAUAUAUCAUAGAGAAUGAAGAACAGUCAAUAACGUUCAAUCAGAAACCUUUGCCGCAAUCUCCUGUUCCAACUAUAACAUCAGAAUUUGUUCAAGCUAUUGCUACCCAUCGUCUCUCUUUGAAAACCGAAGCGAAUAAAUCACCAAAUCCGUCUCCGCCAACAGUCCUUUUAUUUUCUCAGAGAACUCAAUUUUAA